AGGGAGGAGAGAGAAGGCAGAGAGGAGAGAGAAGGGCGAGGGGGUUAGAGAGAGAAAGUAAAGAGAGAGAGAGAGUAGAAGAAGAAGAAGAAGAAGAAGAUAAGCGAAGGAGGUGCGAGAUCUUUCAAUCGAGCUUCUUCUGCACAGCGAAAGAUCUCCCUGGCGUCGAUUCAGUGGUCCUCCGGCGGAGAUACUUUGCUCGGAAUCUGCUGAUUCCGGCGGCGGCGGCGGCGGUUCGGUUCCCCGGCGAAUUAUGCUCCGGCGCCGGCGAUGAGAUAAGGUUCUCAUAUCCUGGUGCACAUCGGCCGAUUCGAGGAGGAAGGGAGCGCGGAAUCCAUGGACAGGAGCAGGGAGGCCAGGAGAGCUACUAUGGCGGCUUCUAAUGGCCUGUCCAGGCGGAGGCACAGGACCGGUCUCCGAGACUCGCCAGAGGAAGACGGACCGGCGGAGCUCGCGGAGACGGCGAGGCUGAGAGAUCGAGGGAGCAGCGGGAAGAAGGACCGGGACCGGGAUCGGGAUCGGGAGCGCGGGGAGCGGGAGAGGGAUCGGUUCUCGCGGAGCGGGAAGCGGAGGAGGGGCGACCGGCUGAUGCUGAACAGGGAGGACGGGGGCGAGGAGAGCUCGGAGGAGAGUGUGAACGACGAGGACGAGGAGGACGAGGAGGACGGGAGCGGGAGCGGGCACCACGUGAGGCUGCUCCCGCCGUCGGCCCAGGCUAACUCGCUCUCGUCCUCUUCCGUGGCCGCAGGUCUGAACAACAACCACAACAGCCGCCGGAGCUUCCCCCCGGCGUCGAAGGUCUUCCGGACGGCGCCGUGGAAAGCGGCCGAUGAGAUGAUCGGCGUCUCGGUGCCAAGGAAGGCUCGGUCAGCUUCGACGAAGAGGACCCCCGAGUGGGUUUCAGCCAGCGGUCAUUUGGUUGGUGGCGACCAAAUCCUCCGGCAGCCUUCAACCUCCCCUGUGAGGCCGAGUCUCGCAGCUACGACGGCCUCUCCAGUGAGGCCACUUUCGCCUUUUUCUUCGAAUGCCCCGGUCCGAAAGAAGUUGAAGCCGAACGGACCAAAGCAGAAACCACCGAAGUCGUCCUCAAAGUCGGCAUCUUCAGCUCAAGAUGAAAUCGAGAUCGAGAUUGCGGAGGUCUUGUACGGAAUGAUGAGGCAGCCUCAGGGUCCUUCGAAGAUUGAAGCCUUGGGAGUCGAUUUGGCGAAGUUCGAUUCGAGGGAAGAGAAUAACUCCACUGGAGAUGCCAAGUCCCGAAUUUCAUCUCCCACCUCGAACUCUCAAUCUGGCGCUCCACUAUCGUCAUCGGCGUUACCCCAAAACUCUGGUUCAUCUGCCCCUCCCUUGACUGCUAGCGCACCCAAGAGGAAAAAGCCUCGCCCGAUGAAGUACGAGGAUGAAACGCCACCCAUGUUUCCGGUUAGGAGUAGCCCCAUCUCCUCAACCAAGGCUGAAAUCGACCAGAAGGCAAAGAUCGAAGCCGCCUCACCAAAUAUGGAGAAAGCACUGGGAUUCGCAGCGGAAGAAAAUGGUGCUUCCGUUGAUUUGGCCAAAUCUCAACCCGCUCCGGCUUCGCUGGAGAACCAAUCGGAGCCGAUGAAGCUGGAAGGCUACCCGGCGCCGGAUUCCAAGCUUCCGACCGAAGAAUCGGAGAGCAGAGACGCAGCUGCGGCUAAGGAGGAGCCUCCGAACUCCGGAAUUCCUGAGAUUGAGAAGCAGCGAGAAGAGAAGUUUCAGAUAGAUCUGAUGGCUCCUCCUCCGUCGAGAUCAUCUCCAGAAAGGGAUGGUGAUACUGAUUUUCCAGCAGUAGAUCCGAAGUCUGUGGUGUCAAAUAUGAGAGCUGACAUGAAGCCCUCGGUGAAAGAUGAUGAGAAGACUACGACCAAGGUCGGAAAGGAAGAAGCAGUAAAUGUGGAAGCGGAGGCAGCAGCGAAAGCGAUGGCUGCAGAUGCUGAAUCGCAGAAGCCGGCUGUUCAUAAGGUGAAGAAUAUCGAUCUCCAGCUUGAUUUGGAGAAGACAGAUGGAGGAGCGGGCAAUGCGAGUGUUAACAAGAUUAAUCAGCCUGUCCACAAGCAGCAGCAACAGCAGUCUCUUGCUGAGAAAUCUGCUCAAACCCCCAAUUCUUUACCUUUCUCAAUGUCCGUACCUGGAUGGCCUGGCGGGCUUCCACCCAUGGGAUACAUGGGGCCAUUAGGAGGGGUUGUCUCGAUGGAUGGGACUGCUGUUGCUUCUGCUGCAAUCCAGCCACCGCAGUUGCUUUUCGGUCAGUCCCGUCUGAAAAGGUGCGCCACCCAUUGCUACAUUGCUCGGACUAUUAGUAUUCACCAGCAAUUCGCAAGGAUGAAUCAUCCCUUCUGGCCAGCAGCUGCUGGUUCAGCUUCGCUUUAUGGGGCCAAGCCCUGCAAUCUCAAUGUGGUUCCAUCUCCUGAGUUGCAUGGAAAUUCAACGUCCGCUAGAAACAUGAAUAUGAAUGUGCAUCCGGACAAGGGUCAAAAUCUUGCCAUCUUUCCCAGUAAAGAGAAGGCAUCUCAGUCUGCAAGUAGUGUUGAUGCUCCUCAAAGAAAGCAAAUUUUGCUCCAGCAAACUAUGCCUCCUGGAACACCUAACAAUAUUCUGCAUCCUGCUUUCAUCAUCCCUCUGGGCCACCAGCCGCACCAGCAACAUGCGGCAGCAGCCGCCGCUUCAGUCCGACCCGGACCUGCAAAGUCCCCAAAUGUAGGUGGCACGGCUUCAGCUGGCGCCACCACAUCCGCCUCAAGUAGCAGCUCUGCUGCAGCUGCAGCUACAGCAAUGAGCUUCAACUAUGCAAAUAUGCCUGGAGGUGAUACUCAGUACUUGGCGAUUUUGCAGAAUAAUGCAUAUCCAUUUCCCGUGCCAACUCAUGUUGGGGCUGCGCCACCUUUCCGAGGGUCCCAUGCUCAGGCGAUGCCCUUCUUCAAUGGACAAUUCUACUCUCCUCAAAUGAUCCACCCUUCCCAGCUCCAGCAGCAAUCGCCUGUUCAAUUACCACAGUCGCAACCAGGUCAUCAUAACACUAGCAUUUCCAGUAGUUCCUCAUCAACCCAGAAGCACUUGCAAAAUCAGCAGCAGAGACCGCACAACAGUAAUGGAAACUUGCCUGGCUAUCCUUCAGCUAAAACCACCCAGCAAUCACAGCAACUGCAGCUGCAGCACAAUCAACAUGCGCCUCAUCAAGUUCGUGCCCUGGAAUCUGAGGGUGGUGAAGAUAGUCCUUCAACAGCUGAUAGUCGAGUUGCACGAGCUAACAUGAGCAUCUACGGUCAGAAUUUUACUAUGCCCAUAACUACUGGGAACUUUGCUCUGAUGACCCCUGCUCAUCUGGGUGCAGCCAAUGGCACUGGCAACACUCCUGGUGACAAGAAGCAGCAGCAGCAGCAGCUGCUUCCACAACAGCCGGGUCCAAAAUCUGGAAUGGAGUCAUUGCCAUCUCAGGCUUUUGCGAUGUCAUUCUCCUCCAUUAAUAGUUCAGCGUCUCCACAUGGCCUUGACAUAAUGGCGCAUAAUCAUGCCAUUCUCCAGAGCCUCCCUGAAGCCAACAGGCAAAAUUAUCAGUUCAUGGCUGCUGCUGCAGCUGCACAAGCUGCACAAGCUGCACAGCAGAAGAAGAAUCACCGGGCCUCUGAUGAAGGUAAAACAGGAGGUAAUGAUGCUUCCAAUGAAGAUGAAAGAAAGCCAUCUGCUGGGAAGACUUCGGCAACAAUGACGCAAUCUAUUGCAUUUUCUCGGCCCGAACUGGCUGAUACUUCAGUUUCCGCGUUACCUGGCAGUAAUGUCGUUGAUAGUUCUGCGCGAACCCUAAACCUUGGCUCUGCUUCUUCUCGAACUUCUGGUUCAGUAAUACCAACUGUCGUGAGUACCCUUAGUGGACCCACUUCCCAGCAGCAACUUCAGCGGAAUCAACAGCAGCAGAUGAUGCAACUCCAGAAGCAGCAGCAGUAUGCUGUAAAUGCAGCAGCUCGGAGCAAGUCUCCUGUCACUAGCAACGGAAGUGUGUAUGGUGAUCAUCUUCCUCCAUCUUCUGCGGCUGCCUCCAAAUUUCCCAGUUCUCUGUCUUCAUUUCCCCAGAAUCUGAUUCAAACAAGUUCCAAUCAAAGUCAGUCUACGCAAUGGAAGGGUUCAAUUCGUCCAGCUACAUCUCAAGUUCCAUCUUCUCUCACCACCACCUCCACGUCAUCCCUUAAAAAUCUUCCACAACAGCAGGGCCGAACACCACAAGGCCAGACACACAUUUCCUUCGCAGCCACCUCCAAAUCCCCUAGUACCUUACAGGGUCAACAAAUCCCUAGUAGUAAUCAAUCUCCAUCUUCUCCAGUGGUGGUUGGAUCACCAACCACUUCUUCAAUGUCUAAAAGCGCUGGUGGAAGCCCAAGGACUGCCACUUCAUCCUCUACGGGUAACAAAUCUGCACAAGCUUCCUCAUUGCAAGCACAAGUGAAAAACCCCUCAUCGGUGCCUACUCGCAAGUCAUCGCCUGUUGGCACGGGAAAUGCACCGUCCAUCUUGGGGAACUCGCAGGUGACAUCUUCCUCGAGUGGAGGAACCAAACAUCAGCAACAGCUUCCGAAGCAGCAAUUGCCGCAGCAACAGCUUUUCUUUUCUAAUCAUCAUCAUCAUCCUCCUCCUUUUAUGCAAAUGCAAGCUCCUCAUUCAACGAAUUCACCAUCCUCAACAAUGUCUGGUCCUAAUGCCUAUUAUCAUCAGAGAAGACCACCUGACCAACAGUCCAAGUCCCAGCAACUGCAAGGCUCAGGAGCAACUUCCUCAUCGGGGAUGUUGUCGCUUUGUACCUCCGUCACGCUUGCUAAUGCUAGUACUUGUGAUCCUGUAAAAGCUGUUGCCGCGAGUAACCUGAAGGGAGGAGGUGGAUUGCCCUCACAGAAUAUUCUCCAUGCUGCUCAGUUCACUGUUGCGCAGUCAUCCGGCAGUCCACAUCAGCUCGUCCCAGCUGGGUUCUCAUAUAUUCAUCCUGUUCCAAGUACGGUGCAGGUGAAACCAGCCGAACAAAAGCAGCCUGCUGGUGAGUAG